GGAACAUCCCAGGGGGAUCUGCUUCUGCCUGGGAGGACAGAGAACCUUCCCCAGGGAGGGGGUGACGUCCCAGGAGUGCCCCUGACCCCUGCAAGGAUCACCCUCUGCUUCCAGGAGCUGACCUGCUACAGUCAACUUCCAUGGAUCCGUUCAUAUCAAACUUGUCAGGAAAGAAUAUUCAGCAGAUGGCUUCCAAUUUUCUUCCUUACUAUUCCACAUUAAUCAGUAAAGCAGGAAGCAUCCUUUCUGAGGAAACUCUCACCAGCAUUCAAAAAGCCCUUCAGGGGGGGAAGAUGGAAGAUUUAGUUGGCAUAAUUCAGAAAUCACUUGAAUUAGCAGAGAAUGCUUCCCUGGAUGUGGCUGUGAUUGGGGAGUCUGGGACUGGGAAGUCCAGUUUCAUCAAUGCCCUGCGAGGACUUAGUCCUGAAGAGGAGGGUUCCGCUAGUGUGGGGGCUGUGGAGACCACUCUGAAGAAAACUCCCUAUAAGCAUCCAAAAUAUUCAAACGUGACCUUCUGGGACCUUCCUGGAACUGGGACCCCUAAUUUUUUUCCAGAAACAUAUUUAGAAAUGGUAGAAUUUGCUAACUAUGACUUCUUCAUCAUCAUUUCUUCCUCACGGUUCAAGUUAAAUGAAGCUGUGCUGGCCCAGAAAAUCAAGGAGAAAGGGAAGAAUUUCUACCUUGUUAGGAGCAAAGUAGACAGUGAUUUAUACAAUGAAGAGAAAAGCAGACCGAGGUCCUUCAAAAAGGACAGAGUCCUCCAGCAUAUUCGAGACAACUGCCUGGAAAACCUCAGUGACAUCGGAGUGUCUGAGCCCCGCAUCUUCUUGAUCUCCAACUUUGACCGGACUGACUUUGAUUUUCCAAGCCUGGAGGAGACUCUGCUGAAGGAGCUCCCUGCACACAAGCGUCACACGUUUGCCCUCCUGCUGCCCGGUCUGUCUGAAGCUGCCAUUGAGCUGAAGAGAGAUUUCCUUAAGGAGAAGAUCUGGCUGGAAGCCCUGAAGUCUGCAGCUUUGGCCUUCAUCCCCUUCAUGCCCAUAAUCAGUGGCUUUGAUUUACCAGAGCAGGAGAAGUGCUUGCACCUUUACCAAAGCUAUUUUGGUCUGGAUGAUAAAUCACUCAAUGAGAUUGCUGAGAACCUGGGCAUAUCUGUGCAGGACAUCAAGAGCUCCAUGAAGUCCUUGAAUUUUUGGUUACUUGUGAAGGAUGACAGCAUAGCAGCAAAUGCCCUGCAAUGUGCAGAAUCCUACUGCUCCGUGAGUGGAGGCAUCCCAUCUACUGUCUUCCAGUUUUUUAAAUCCUACUUUUUGCAUUUGAAAUUCCUCAAUACAGUGGCUGAUGAUGCUAAAAUUCUCUUGCAAACAACUUUAGAGUGCUCCAAUGCAAAAGAAUGAGGUGUAGGUGAUGUCAUGUCUAAGUGAAGAACAAAUAGCUCCUCGGGUCCUGUGUUUUCCGCAUGGGGGUGUCCUCUUCCUCCCAACCUCCAGGUCAGAUCUUCCCUAAGGAGGAAAGGAUAUCUGUCUACUGGAGAAAAUCCAUUGUUCCACUUGAUUAACUCACUGCUGUGCAUGGGGAAUCUGACUAUGCCUGUGUUCGCAAUCCCUCUCCCAUUUUGCUUGUAUGAUGAUAGUAAUACACCAUACAGUUUUUGUUAAUCUCCAUGUGUAGUCAAGUAGUCUGAAUUUGCAUUGUUUACUCCAAUAAUAAACAUUUUGGUAGCAAUCAAGAUGACUGCUAUCUAUUGACUUAUUAUCAGUUAUUUUUUCUGUUUGCUAAAGCUGCUGGAAUGCAAUACCAAAAAUGGAUUUGCUUUUACAAUGAGGAUUUAUGAUGCUACAGAUUACAGUUCUUAGGACAUGGAAACGUCAAAAUUAAGGCAUCAACAGGAGGAUACCUUCUGUGAAGAAAAGCAGCCAGCAUCUGGGACACCUCUGUCAAAUGAGAAGGCAUGUGGCCAGCAUCUGCUGAUCCUUCUCUCUGGGUUCUACCCCCUUCAGCUUCUGGUUUCAGUGGCUCUCAGCUCCUCCAAUUUUUGUGGGUCCUUGCUUGUUUUGCUGGGGCCUUCCUAUCUAAGCCCUCUCCAAAUGUCUAUGCCUUUUUCCUUUCAAACAAGACUCAUAUAAAGGAUUAAGACCCACCUUGAGUGGACUGGGUCACAUCUCAAUUGAAACAGCCUAAUCAAAAGGCCCCACCCACAGUGGGUCUGCACCCACAAGAAUGGAUUAAAAGAGCAUGGCUUUUUCUAGGGUGCAUAAUAGCUCUGAACCUGCACAGUUUGUUUUCCGUGUUAUCAUAUCAAUAGUAUCCUAACCAAAAUGAAGAGUAGAAUCCACAUGUUUGGGAACAUGGCUUAAUGAAGAAUAUAAAAUGUGUUGUGGGGAAAUGCAAUAGGACCAGGAGAAAGUUGACAAGGGUAAGAGAAAUGAGUUUUCAUGCCAUAUUUCCAAAUCUGUUUGAAGAAAUAGGGAGAUAUAUACCAAGUCAUGGUCUAAGUUUCUGGAAAUUUCUCAACCCUGGGUAGGCUGAGGGAAAUUGGGAAUGCUAUAAACAUGUCCUGGGCUUGGGAUUUUUAGCCAAAAUUGUGGACAAUGUUAGAAUUGUUCACUGACCCCAGGCAUCGCUUUCUUCUUGGGAACUGAUAAAUGAAACAAUAAGUGUUAUGAAUCUGGCUGUAAGAAUUAAUGAUCUUGUCGCAGUGUCAGGAAUUGGGAAGCCCAAGAACCCGGGUUGGGGAUGUGUUGGCUCCAGAAUUUAAGGAAGGAUGUAAUCAAUCACAGGAAGAUGCUGUUUCAGGAUUUUCCAGGACCCAAAGCAGAAGAUAUCUAAGGACUUCCUUCAACAGAAGAAUCAUAACAUCUUUCACAGAAGUCUGUAGAUUUGGGACAUUCGUUGAAACAGCUUGGACAUCAGACAUCUUCAUAACUUAUCUAGACCCUGGACUAGCUGAGGUUUUAUCUUAUAACAUUAUUUGUUGUGAGAUAUCAUCGUAUACAGUAUAGGAAGUCAGUGUGUCUUUACCCCAUGUCCUUCCCAAUCCCUUUGACACUUGAUUUCCAACUCUGCCCUUAAAACUGCUUUGCCAUCACUGGCUUUCAGCAGGAAGAACUUCUUCAAAUCUCAUCAUUGAGACAUGCUGGAGGAUAUCACCAGGGAAAAUAAAAGUGUUCUUAAAUACAA